AUGUUCGGUCUAAUAACGUUAUUUAUGCUUAUACCAAAUAUUUUUGCUGCUAUUCGCUGCUUUACCGGUCAAGAAACCGUUCCUGGUCAAGGAAUUCCAUACGUUGAAGUGUACUGUCCAAAUGCUGAUUUUUGUUUUAAUAAUUAUGUGAAAAGACAUCAUAACGGAGAUGACAGCUAUACGAUCACAAAAAGUUGUGGAGAACCCGGAAAAUGUUUUGAGACAGGAUGCGAAGGACCUAGCGACGAAAAAAAGUGCUGCUGCGUGGGCGAUCUGUGCAACUCAGCUGCAACGAGCGUUACCGUCGGAAUCGUUGGCUUCAUUUUAGCUUUUCGAUUAUAG